CUGUAUAUAAGAUGCUACACUCCUCUGCCUCAACACACUUCCAUCCUCUCACAGCAGAAGGUGCAGUUGCACUAACUUCCUUUAUUUUCAAUCAAAUUUAAUCAGCACAACAGUCUCAGGACUCUUUAUAAAAAGAAAAAACACAACAUGAGGGCUCUCAUCCUUGUUGCUUUGAUCCUUCAUCUGACGCUUUCAUUAACGGCAGAUGAAGCACCGGUAGAGGAACUAAAGUUUGGAGAUAUAUUAGUAUUUCCAAGAGGGGGUCUGUACAACCACUUUGGUUUGUAUGUGAAAGGUUCCGACAAGGAGUACCCUGGAGAUUACAUAGAACGCAACCUUCUCAAUAUAGUAAAAAAAAAUAAAGUUGAAAGAUCCGCAGACAUUGCUUUUGCCAAUUUAGAAAAGAAAACGUAUUCUGUGAACAAUUCUUUGGAUAAAGCAUUUGAUGGGAGCAAGAGGACACCUAAGCUCAUAAACGAACGCAUUGCGUUAGCGUGGAAAGAUCCUGGAAAAUACAGUAUGAAAAGUAACAAUUGUGAGCAUCUUGCAACAUUCUUGAGAUAUGGUGUAGGAAAUUCAGAACAGCUUGGAACCCUUCUGGGUAAAUGCGUGGUAGAAAAGACUUGUGAUCACUGGAUACAAGUCUAUAAACAUAUAUUAACCUCAAACACAGAAAGUUUAGAAGAAGCAGAAGAUGCCGCAGUGGCUGGCGGAUAAGAACUGCUAGACAAUCCUGUCAGCAUCACUUGCUCUUUUGAGUAUUCUAAGCAUAUAACA